AUGGCCCUGUGGUCAACAGCCAAGACACAAUCAAAGCAAGGCUUCGACAAAGUCUACAACUGGGUUGACAAGCUCGGUGCGCCUGUCAAUCGCCUGUCCAACAAGGUCGGCUCCGAAGCCUUCUGGCCUACAACACUCGACAUCGAGUCGGACAAGGCUGCGAGGAUCCUCAAAAGCUUCUGCAAGGAUGGAUUCUACCAAGAAGAAGACCGGCCCGUUACCACCGAUGUCCCCAAGGGCAAGCAACGAGUCCUCAAGAAGAUACCCUCCAAGGUAAUCAAGAAUGCCAAAGGUCUCUGCAUCUUCACAACCAUGCGCACCGGCCUCUGGGUCUCCGGAUCAGGCGGAGCUGGCGUAUUGGUUGCGCGCAAGGCAGACGGAACGUGGUCACCACCCUCUGGCAUUAUGAUGCACACGGUUGGCGUAGGCUUCCUUGUCGGCGUGGACAUCUACGACUGUGUUAUCGUUAUCAACUCCGACAAGGCAAUGGAGGCUUUUCAGUCCAUCCGCUGUACUCUGGGAGGAGAAAUCAGCGCAGUUGCAGGCCCAGCCGGUGUCGGUGGCAUACUCGACACGGAGCUCCACAAGCGUCAAUCACCACUUUUCACAUAUAUCAAAUCGCGGGGCUUCUAUGCUGGUCUCCAGCUAGACGGAACCAUCAUAAUCGAGCGAACGGACGAGAACGAGCGCUUCUACGGCGAACGCAUAGGAGUCAAGGACAUAUUGGCUGGAAACGUACGGCAUCCACCUUAUGAGAUAAGGAGGCUCAUGGAAACACUCAAGUCAGCUCAGGGCGACACCGACGUGGAUGAGUCUCUGAUACCAGACGAGGCGACACCAGGAGACUUUGAGGUUACAGGCCCCGAAGACAAGACUUUUGGUAUCCCAGACGCUGUCGAUCCCGAUCCCUACGGCGUCCUGGCACUACAAGAAGCCGGUCUAGAAAUCAGGGAGGCAGGCACACACAGUCGGCCGACAAGCGAGCAGUUUGAAUUCAAGCCGAGCCCAACAAGUCCGAUUUACAACACUUUCAGGAACUCCACAUUCCGGAGAAGCAUGGAUCGGUCAAGCUUUGCCGGCAGUCGACGAUCAAGUUGGCGAACAAGCACCAUCAGUGGCGUGCUCGAGCCCCGGACACCAACGGCCGAUAUGAGCACACAGACUGACGAUCUACCGCCACCCCCGCCGACCGUCAGGAAGACGCCCCCUACACUACCGCCACGAACAAGUAUCGCACGUCUACCCACGCCUCCCAUAGCAGAAGUACCCGAAACUAGAGCCGAGCAAGCCACUCCGCCACGAGCCAAGAGUGUCGAGAGGCAGAUUGAAGAAGCAACACCCACAGCUGCAACGAAGACUGAUAGCGCAGUUGACUCAAAGUCGACCGGCUCUCCUCGCAACUCAACAGCUACUGAAGUGGUUGAGGAUGACGACAGCAGUGACGAUGAGGACGACGAGUUUGAGGAUGAGCCAGUCGUUUAUGAGGUUCACCAAGCGGCUGCUCCGCAAGCCAUCCACGCACGCGUUGUUCAAGUUGCCAAACCAGUCGCUCCAGCCCUGCCCGUCAGGAACCCCUUCCGCAACCGUGUCUCAACAAACUCAGACGGGUCGCUGAGCACUACCCAGGGUGCAUCCCCUGUAGCCUCUCCGACCAAACCCAAGCAUAGCCCGGAAUCCACCCCCUCGCUUAUGCGCGGUGACUCGACCUCUUCUUUGUCUUCUGUAGAGGACAACAGACUGGAGCAGAUCGGCAACAGACUCAAGCCAAAGUACUCGCAUGAGCCUUCGCCUGAUGACGAGAAGAAGGAUGAUGCUUACCACUCACUUCCGGAGUCUCCGAUGAAGAGCAUUCCAGGCGGUUUCAACUGA